AUGCCCAACCACCUCCCGACACUGAUCGUCACCCCCCACGGCCAGCCAGACCAUGUCCUCUACACCUACCUCCAUACCGAAGAGAACCGAGUCAACUACCUCCUCACCCCUUCCCCGCAAGGCGACCUCUGUGUCGCCAAGCUCUUCCCCCCUCCCCGCCCCGGCCAGCCGUCUUCCACUGCCACCCUCCCUACCAUGUCCAACAAGCAGCCGCCCAACUCUGUCCGCUGUGAGGCUUCGAGGGAUCUGAGGUGGACGAUAGAGAAUACCGGUGUGAUGAGCCCCAUCUACAAGAUUGUCAACCAAGACGACACACCACUGUACCAGAUCAGCAAGCCAAACCCGCAUGCCGAGUUUUGGACCAUGUUCUAUUUCAAGUACGCUGGGCAUCAGAUCCCACCCAAGCGGAUUGAGUUUGGCAAGAUCUCAAAGAACCCUCCCGAGAAGGGUGGUGGUACCAGGCUCUCCAUCACUGGCAAGAGCGAGGAUGAGAAGCAAGUCUGGCAGACUUUGGGUGUUGGAAACGAAGAUUGCGUCGAAUGGGUCGUCUGCUGUGCUUGUUUGAACUUGCUCGAUGACGAGAUCCUCCGGGCUGCUGAAAAGCGCGCCAACCCCAACAGCGCCCCCUCCCACUCCCCAGCAUCCACCGCCCCCGCCUCCUCCCCCGCCUCCACCACCGGCCGUCCCAACCUCGCCUCCCUCCAACGCGUACCCCCUUCUUCCGGCCCGCGUUCCGCCCCAGGAGCAGGUAUCGCCUCAUCCGCGCCGUUGCCUGGCCAACACCCCGCGAUGAACUUGGCGCAGACCUAUAGGCAGGCGCCGCCGCCUCAGCAGAGCCGGGGUCCGCCUAUGAGGCCGCAUAUGGGGCAGCAGCAGAUGAGUGGGAUGGGGCAGCAGAGGGCGCCUCAGGGGUAUGCGCCCAUGCAGGGCCAGGGACAGAGGAGGUUCUAG